GUUAAAUUAUGCUUCAAUAUAUGUAAUGGCAGUCUACUCCUUAUACACGCCCCACAAUGCAUCCAUAAAGUGUCCAACGAACUCUAGCGUGAUUGCCCUCUGUACAUACCUUAGGUAGGUAUGUACGAACUCACUGCACCACGCACGGUGACUGAAUCCAUAACAUUCAAAAUACACAAUCUCCGUCGCGUUCGGACACAAAAAGGGGCGUGGCCCUAGUGCGGGGCUCUUUACCUCCCUUUAUCUCCAUAGUCCGAAGCCGAAGCCUGAAAGCAUCGCGAGUCAAGGGAGGCCAUUGCCAAGAGAACACGAUAUAUAAAGGCCGUGUAACAAGUCUUUGAUAUCUAGAAGAUAAGACUACCACUAUCAGUCUAUAAUAUAAAUUUCGAGAUCUCCAAAGUCCUUGUUACAACUUACAAUGGCCCCGCUCUACAAGAAAACCCUCAUCAUCGGCGCCACGUCCGGCAUUGGCGAGGCCCUCGCCGCGAAACUGCACGCCGAGGGCACUUCUGUAAUUGUGACGGGCCGCCGCCAGGACCGUCUCGACGCGUUCGUUGCGAAGCACCCCGGGUCCAGCGGUGUCGUGGUCGACAUUACCAAGUUCGACGACAUCCCGUCCUUCGUCACCUCCGUCACGCAGCAGCACCCUGAUAUCGACAGCGUGGUGCUCAACGCCGGCAUCCAACGACCUUUCAACUUCGCCAAGCCCGAGACCGUAGACUUGUCUACCUUCGCUGAGGAGUUCAACACUAACUACGUGUCAUUCGUGCACCUGGUUAAGGCCUUCCUGCCGCACUUACAGCGCGUGUCCAAGGAUACCGAGGCACACUUGGUAUUUAUAAACGCCUCGCUGGCGCUUGUACCGACGUUAACUCGUACACCUGGGUAUAACGCCAGUAAGGCAGCACUUCACUCCUUCAUCGUGAAUGUGCGGCAGCAAAUCAAAGACGCCGGUUAUAACAUCCGCCUUGUCGAAGUGUUCCCUCCCGCGGUGCAGACAGAGAUCCAUGACACGAAGCACCAACCGGACAUGAUAAACGGCCACGAGAUAGGCAUGCCCCUUGGCCCUUACACCGAGCGGAUGUACGAGGGCCUGCAGAAGGGCGAUGAGCAGUUCGCUAUCGGACACGCAGAGGAGUGGCUUAAUGAGGGCGGUUUCGAGGCUACGCGGGCGAAGCUAUUCGAGCAAGGUCAUGCCACCAUCAAGGGGGCCCUGGCGAAGUAUGUGAAGAGCACAUAGUAGGUAGUAUUCUACUUCUACCUAUACGUUACAUAGUCUAUAAACUCAAAAUAACA